AUGGCCCGAGCUACUCUUACUAAAAAGGAGUAUCAGAUUGUAGAAUUGAAUAUGCGGAUGGAGCAUCUCACUCCGCAGCUGUGUGACUAUAUGCACAUGUUGAACGGACCAGUAUCAACGGAAUCGACCAUGGACGACUCGGUGAAUACCAGUAAAUUAUUUCGACCACCACAGCAUGGCAUGUGGUCGACCAGCCUGGGCAGUGUAACCGGGGCUGGUGGUGGCGGCGGCGGUGGACCUGUUGAGAACAACGUUCUGUAUUCCACCGUCUCUCACCCUUCUGUGAAUGCCCAUUCGCUAAUCGGCAAGCAUCCAGGCUCACACAAACCUGGCAAUGGAGAUCAUCUGCCUUGUGUGGAUCCACGUCUCGCACAUCUUGUGUCGAAUGGAACCGGUGCUCAUCAACCGAGUUCGGUAAACUACCUGUCUGCGAUGUCGAUGUGCGGUGGACAGAAUAAUUAUGGCUCCGGUGCACUGGAUGCAGCUCUACGAGGUUUGUGUCAAACCGCAUCCGGUCGGACAAUGUCACCAGCGGAUUAUGGGUCCAAUCGACUAAACACUACCCUAAAUAUACAAUCACAAGGAGCACAGAAUCUUCAGUCCCGUUUAGAAUCAAACAGUUGUUUCGGUGGUCAACAGCUCGGACCACCCCAGCUACGCCAGUCACGAACCAGUAGCACAACCGCGAAUGCAUCUCAGUUCGACCAGAAUCCCAGUAUGACAUCAUCUGGCCAACAAACACAACAACAACAACAACACCCGUAUCAAACCGUGUCCUCAGUGAAUCCGUCACAUUUCAAUCGUUGCAAGUNCUUCCUCAUCAUCUUCGGGAAACGUGGACGACCGUUACCAGUGGGAAGUUCCGCUCCACCCACAUCCCCUCCCCCAUUUAUGGCUCCUCCCCCAGGUCUGUAUAACAUGAGCAACACAAUCGGGAACGGUAUGAACAGCAACAAUAGCAACAACAACACUGUCGCUGCCAUGAACAGUACAAGCAACAUCGCCAGCAACAACCACGCUGCGCAACAUAUAAAUGGCAAUACACCGGGACUAUUCCGCCCAUCUUCCUCUUCCUCCACCGUUUCUGGUCCACUCGAUUUGCAACCAAUUUUCGUCUCGACUCCGUUGGAAAUUGUGGUCCAAUCAGAUGCUCAGCUUCCCGUUGGAUAUGUUCAUUCGCCUUCUAGUACCGAUUUAAUGCAGCGCAGCCCUGGUCCAAAUACGACCAAUUUGACCUGUUUGAUGGAUUCUUUAUCUCCUCUGACCUCCAGUGGUCAAGGCGCACAGUUUUUCGGAGCCAAAUCUACACACGAGGCACGUGAACGUUCACUUUCCCAGGUACUAACUGAUAUUGCAUCGACAUCGGGAGGUAACACGCUACUUGGUCCAUUGUCCGAUCCUGGUCGACGACCACAUUCAACCGUUGGUAGUGCGGGACAAACUUACCACACGUCUCCGGGCAAUUUUAUGUCCUCCGCAUUUGUUACAAAUGACAUGGGUAAUACCGGUGCUACAGGGCCCUCUUUCCUCUCAAUCGACCCACAUUCGAUUACGACCUCUUUUGAACGUUCGGCUGCAUCGCCAUCAGAAACUCGAGCAGCAUCCUUGGAUCCUGAGGGGGAACAUCCCACUCAAUUAGAUCAGAUGGAGAAUAAUUCUCUUACAGACACUAAAAAGACCCCCACUUAA